AGGAUAGUUAAUGUUUUACAGACUGAAUCCAGGACAUGAAAAGAUGAAUAUAUGUGAAGGGUUGUUUAAUUGGACGUCUAUCUAUUAAGAGUUGACAUAAAGCAAGACACCUUCAGAAUUUCAUCAUGUUGCUCCCUCUGGUGGUUUUCCUAGUAAUGAUCGUAUUCCUGUACAGAUUGCACCGACUGGGCUUGAUUCUGGACAAUCUUUCAGAUAAAUUUGUGCUCAUAACUGGAUGUGAUUCUGGUUUUGGGAAACAGCUAGCAAGACAGCUGGACAGACGGGGAAUGAGGGUUUUGGCCACUUGUUUGACUCAGAAAGGAGCAGAGGAUCUUAAGAAGGAGGCAUCUAGCCGGCUGCAAACAGUUAUUCUGGAUAUUUCUAACACUCAGAGUGUCAGUUCUGUCACUACAUGGGUCUCUGAUGUUGUUGGUGACAAUGGUCUGUGGGGAUUAGUGAAUAAUGCAGGAACAGGGAUGCCUGGUGCACCUAAUGAAUGGUUGACAAAAGAGGACUUCGAAAGAGUUAUUAAUGUAAAUUUGCUGGGUCCUAUCGAUGUAACCCUUAGGUUCUUGCCAUUAAUCAGGAAAUCCAAAGGGCGUAUUGUUAAUAUGUCCAGCAUAGUGGGACGGGUGACUAUCUGUGGAGGUGGAUAUUGCAUUUCUAAAUUUGGAGUUGAAGCAUUUUCAGACAGUCUGAGGCGCGAGCUAAGACCCUUUGGAGUAAAAGUUUCCAUUAUAGAGCCUGGCUAUUUUAAGACUGGACUGAAUGAUAUGCAGCACAUGAAAAACAUUCUGAGCAAUAUUUGGAGAAAACUCCAUCCAGAAAUCCAUUAUAGCUAUGGAGAGAACUAUUUCAAACAUUAUGUGGCUGAUAUGGAGAAGACAUUUUCAUCCCUCUGCAAUACAGACCUAACUCCUGUCACAAAGUGCAUGGAGCAUGCACUGACUGCUGUCCACCCCAAAACACGCUACUCAGCAGGCUGGGAUGCCAAACUCUUCUUUAUACCACUCUCUUAUGUCCCAACUGUACUAUCUGACUAUCUGCUCACUCGAACAGCUCCCACACCAGCUCAUUAACUUCUUUAACUACUUCAAUACCAGGUACUUUCACCCCCUUCCUGCCCAGGACAAUUUUCAACUUCCAGCGUGGUCAC